AUGAAACAUUCCAUUUGUAAGGUCUCAAAACGCAAACUCUCUGAAUGUUUUGACGCUGGUCAAGGUAUUCUAGAAGAAGAAGAAGCGGAAUAUGAACUACCAGACGGUUCUGUACUCAAAAUUGGAAAUGAGAGAUUUGAGUGUUGUGAAAUGCUGUUUGAUCCUACACCAUUUCCUUCUGCAGGGAGUCAAGAAAAUGAUACAAAUAUAUCCUCCCUCUCAGAACUUGCUUAUAAUUGCAUCAUGAAAAAUUCGGAUGAGUACAGAAAAGAUCUCUUCAAAGACGUAGUUCUUUCAGGGGGUUCUUUCAUGAUUGAUGGCAGCGCAGAGAGAAUGGAAAAUGAUAUGAAACAUUUUGCACUUUCAGGAUAUCGAGUGAAUGUGGUAACGAAUUCUCAACGAGUUUACUCGUCGUGGACGGGAGCUGCAAUAUUGUCGCAACGAUCCGUGGAUAAGGACAAGUGGGUUUCGAAAGUGCAAUACGAAGAACAUGGUUCGAAUUUAAGAAAAUAA